CAUCAAGCAAAACGUAGGUUGAGCUAAUAAAGACUGCCGUUUCGUUCAAUCAACAUUUUUCCCUUCUACAAUCUCAAUCGGCGGUGAUUCUAGAGCUUAUUUGUGUUUCUACUACGUUUCACUCUAUUCUCUGCGUAAUCUUCACUAUACAUGAGGUUUCGAGUUCGUUCAGGUUUUCUUUCCAGAACUACCUAGUCUAUGCUGAUCUGCUGCUACUGCCUUUAGACGGAAAGGCCUGAACAAGCUUCAUCAUCUCUGUGAAGUCAUGGUUAUUCACCUUAUAUCCAUCAAGAUCAAGUGAAAUAAUGGGUUGAUAUUACGAGUUGGGGAUACUAUUGAUUGAUCUAUGGGAAUGGAAAGGGAAACUGCGAAUGCUAUCAAAAAUUGUGACACGAGAAACUGUAAAAGUACAGAGAAGGAAGGAAUGAAUGCUGUCCAGAUUUCAAAAGACAGGAAGCUAAAUGGUCGAAGCUAUAGAGGGUGGCUGAAAUCACUGGUCAAACAAAAAGGAUCAGACCCUUCAAUUGAGAAAGAGGGUUUUCUGCCUCAAACUCAUGUUAAUGCUACUGGACCAAAAGAUUCCAGUGACAAUGAACCAACCAAUACUAAUGGCUCACUGUCACUUUCACCGAAAAGGACGGAUUUUCAACUAAGGCGGAUAAGUAAUUCCGGUCCUGCCAAAAAAAGUUAUAGUCCAGAACUUGCUGCUCAAACUGAGUUGCAGAAAAUAGAGAACAACGUUUUAGAGAGUCGGGGCAAUGGGGAUGAGUCUAAACUGCAGGAGAAAGUUGUGCAUCCUUAUGAAGAAGAGAACAAAUCUACCACAACUGAAUUUAUUGAGUACUGGGUUCCUGUGAGGCUAUCCAACAUACAGACAGAGCAGUAUUGUGGCUCUCUGUUUUCAAAUUCAACUCUUUUGUGCUCUUCUAAUAAGUGUGAUAACCUAAAAGUCCUUCAGGAGAUACUUGUCACAACCAAAAAUUGCUGUGAUCACCCUUAUCUUGUGGAUCAGUCUUUGCAUACCUCUCUGAUACAAGGUAUUCCGCAAGCUGAGCUAUGGGACGCACAAAUUAAAUUGAGUAGCAAAUUGUAUCUCCUGUAUAAGGCCCUAAUGGAGAUUAACAAGCGAGGAUUAAGAGUACUUAUCCUCUAUCAGUCAAUUGAAGGUUCUGGACCAAUCACUAUAGGAGAUAUGUUGGAUGAUGUUAUUCAUGAAAAGUUUGGUGGGGAUUCAUUUGUACGUAUUGAUGGAAAUAUAGGUCGGUCGAAAAGACGGGAAGUUCUUGACACUUUCAAUGAAAAAGAUGGUGGGAAAUUCGUCUUCUUGAUGGAAACUCGUGCCUGUGUUCCAAGCAUUAAACUUAAAUCCAUAGACUCUGUUAUUUUCUUCAAUAGUGAUUGGGACCCAAUGAAUGACUUGAAGGCUCUACAGAAGAUCAAUCUGGAGUCCCAAUUUAAGCAGGUGAAUGUGUUCCGAUUAUAUUCAGCAUAUACUGUAGAGGAAAAGGCAUUGAUUAUGGCUCCAGUUGGCGAUGUGCGCCAUAUAAGCCGGCCUGCAUGCCACAAGUUGCUAACCUGGGGUGCCUACUAUUCAUUUGAAAAGCUUCAAGACUUCCAUGCAGUCAGAGAUACUACAAAUGAUUCUUAUGGAAACUCGUUUGUGGAAGAUGUUUUCCACGAGCUGUCAAACCUAUUGCCUAACAAUGACAAGAGUAAUGUUGAUGUCAAGAGCUCAACAAUUUUGAAAGUACAGCAGAUUGGAGGUGUUUACCCCACCGAUAUAUCUUUGUUAGGUGAAUCAGGGUAUCCUCGCAUGGACAACUUUUCAGUGAUUGAGGAGAUGUUAACCAAAGAACCACCCAACAUUUUCUGGAUAAAUAUACUUGAAGGGAGGACGCCUAGCUGGAAAUACUUUUCUUAUAAAUCACCUAGGACUAGGAAAUGUGUUCAAUUGCUUGAUUAUUCACCCGAGGAAUGUGGUGGACCUACCAAGAAAUGCAGGACAACGCCCGGAACAAUUGCUUGCCGAACUUCAGGUGAUGCAGCUUCUCCAAGAAGCACACAGACUCCAAUACUGGAUAAGCCAUCAUUAACCAAGCUUCUGUCUCUGUUGCCUUGUGUUGAUCCUGAUCAAAGUGAUCACCAACUGGAAUCAGAAUCUUUUUUGCAACAUUGUGCAGGAGCUCCCACGCAAAGAGCUCCAAAUACGAAUGAAACUGUAAGAGCACGAGAAACCUGCCCAGGAACUCAUAUUGAGGUACUUCAAUCUGUCUGUAAUGCUCUACAGACGGAGUUGGAAAAACUAGAGAAAUGCAAAACUGAAUCUUCAAAACAGCACAAAGAUAUGAAACGGCAAUCGAGAUUGGCAUACGAGAGAGAGGUUGAUGAGAUACGCAAGAAGUAUGAGGCAAAACUUCAAACUGCUGAGGUGGCUUUUCUGGAGGAGAAAAAAGCUAUUGACAGUAGAUACGACAAAAUAUUCGUCAAUAAGGCAUUUGUCGAGGCAUUGAUGCAGACGGAUAACAAAAGUGCACCUCACACGCAAGUUUUGGCAACAAAGUUUUCAGUGGAGCAGGCACAUCGACUCAUUUUUGAUAGGCCUCAAUCAAGAGCUGAACAUAGGUCAGCAACAUCCAGCUGCUCAGAUCUCCACGAUCAUCAAGCGAGUGGUCUGAUCAGGACGCCUGCGCCACACUUGAGGCUUUCUCCGGCUUGUAUGGUUCCCACACUACCGUCUGAGCCCCCAAGGAUAACCUUUUCGCCAGUUAGCCUUGAGCAGGUGACAUUCCCCUUACUGCCGUAAAAGAAACCUUUCUGAGACGCCAACAAAACUGAAAAGGAGAUCCACACGUGUACAUACAUAGCCUCUCUUUUUUUGCUUUAAGUUGGGAGAGAAAAAACCAAUAUAUUUUUGCAUGAAACACCAAUUUGUUGGUAUUUGAUGAACUAAAUAUGAUAUCCAACAUAUUUUUGUCAA